GCAAGCAAUCACUUGAUUCAUCAUGCGCACCCGCGCUAGUAGAAAUGGCGUCAAAAAUGUCAGGUCUGCGCUGGCAGCAUUCAAUAUCACAGACACCGACACCUUCGACAGGUGCGACUCGCUAGAAGACGAGUUUAAACUGGUUAAAAAGGCCUAUUUCAAGACCGUGUUGAGAUCGCACCCUGAUAAAGGCGGUGAUGCUGCUGUGUUCCGGGAUGUACAGGCAUCCUUUGAGUUGGUGCGUGAAAUGUACGAGAAGGGCCGGGUGAGGAAGUCGUUCAGCAACUACCUAGGGGUGGAAACGAAAAGAAAGCCGGCUGCACGCAAGGCAAGAACUACCACUGAGUCUACUGACGAAGCCUUCGAGGAUGAUGAGACCGAGGCAUACGAUGACAUGUACCGAGAAUUUGCGGACAUGCCAACACCUUCGUGGGAAUUUUACGCCCAAGCAGCCGAGGAGGUCGUUCCGCCUUACCGUAUGGAGACCGCCAAAACAGGCCGUAGUAAGUGCAAUGCAAAGGGAAAGGCCAAACACUGCACUAUCCCAUUCAUACCAAUAGAUGAGGUACGUGUUGGGGUCAUGGAUGCCGUGAGUGGGUCUUACGGGCGGUGGGUGCACUUGCACUGCUGGCGUGUGCCCGGGAGAGUGUGGUUGGGUUUACCCGAUCAUGGUGUGUGCAAGGACCCGGCCAAGUUUGCGACCGCCGUAUUGAGUAUGAAUGAGGUGCUAUUGCAGGGCCUGGAUGAGCUACCGGAGGAUUGCAAGCGUGAAUUCUGUGAGUAUAUCAUGGUACAGGAUAAUUGGGCGGCUCUUACCAAGGCUAACAAAGCCCGACAGGCUGCGGCUCAAGCUAAAGCGGAGAUGGGAUCCGGCGGGGAGAUUGAGGAUAAACCAAGAACCAUCGGAAGUGCCGAGGCUGAUAGUAGUGCCAGUACCGGGGAUAUCGAUGGAAGUGUGGAUGAGGGUAUGGCUCUGAGCACUCAGGAUCAGAAGGAAGCGGAUGAGGACAGUCGAGCUGUCGCACGGGUCGGCAAUAAGGAGAAGCAGUACUUUGUGGCCCCUAGGCCGGGGAAAGAUGGAGCUAUCGAUAAUAUACUUGCGGGUAAGACUGUUGUUGUGACAGGCUUGUUCCCCGAAUUGGGUGGGGGCACGGGGCUGAAUCUGGGUAAAGAAAAGAUGAAGAAACUUAUCACCGAUUUUGGCGGGAGAGUAACCAGCUCUCUAUCUGGUAAAACGGAUAUAUUGGUGGUGGGUAAAGAGCCGGGAUUCUCCAAGGUGACCAAAGCUCGCAAAAUGACGAAUGUGAAGAUGGUGCGGCUGCCAGACCUGAAGGAUAUGAUAGAGGGAGGUGACCUGGACGACGUACCGGAUGUGAAGAUUGAGAACUUCUCCGGUGGCUACUGGGGUAAUUCUCUGGCAUUGGAGGCGAGUCGAAGUGACUGGGAGAUCGCAGCGGGCACUAGGGAAGUCCCGAAGGAACUCAUGACCGAACCCUAUGAUGUGCGUAUGGCUAAGGCCAAGGCUGCUACGGGUGGAGCGGUUAAGGAAGAGGAAGGGGCGACUAAGCAAUCUAAGGCGAAACCGAAGGCUAAGGUUAAGGCUGAGCCACAGAGCACGAGGAAAAGAAAGGCUACGUCACAAAGUACGACGAAACGGAAGGCGGCACCCAAGCGUACUGCGAACGCCAAGGCCAAAACCGGGCCUAAAAGGAAAGGGAAAGGAAAGGCUGCUGAUUCGGAAUCGGGAUCGGAGUUGGAAUCUGAGCCUGAAACGGACUUCGUAUCUUCGUCUGAGGAUGACUACUAUGAAGAGCCGGAGAGCGCGAACAAGGGCAAGUCUAGCUAUAAAAAAGAAGAGAUUGAUGAGUCGGCGGAAGAUCACACCGACAGCGAUGAUGUUGACGAUGACGACUAUGUGCCUGCUAAGAAGCCCAAAGGUAAUAAGCGUGCCAGGAGGAAGAGGUGAGCGAAAUAUUGAGGAGGGGACGGGGGUGUUGAGGCGAAAAUGCUAUUAUGGGAACCAGAUAGUAAUAUAUGCAUAAGCGCAGGAUAGGUGAGUGGGGGAUUGGCAGGAGAGCGCGGACAGGCUCUUUGGUCAAUUGUGCCUCAAAAACGUGACAAGAGGUAUCAAACGGGUCCUGUUUUUAAUAUGAACACAGGAAUUGGAAAAUUGGGCGCAGAACAAAAGGUUAGACGAAUCAUAUAAAUGCCCGUGAUAUCAUUAAUCGAUGAGUACAGGUGGCCUCUACAUGCCUUACCC